AUGAAGGUCACUUCUGCAACAGUUAUUUCCGCGCUGGCCGCGACGGCUUCAGCUCACGGCUUCGUGCAGCAAAUCUUCCUCGGAGAGAACAUCGUCGAUACUUGGAACCCGUACAAGGACCCUUCCAAGAAGGUCAACAAGAUCACUCGCAAGUUCAAGGAUAAUGGUCCCGUGACCGAUGGACUCUUCGAGGUAUUCUUUAGUACCGACGCCAUCACCUGCAACAUUGGCAGUGACAAGAACAACGUGCCGUCCACCGAGACCGCCAGCGUUGCCGCGGGCAGCACUGUCAAGUUCAUGUGGACUGAGUGGAAGAGCGACCACCCCGGCCCGAUCAUGACCUACCUGGCCAGUUGCGGUGGCAAGUGCAGCGAGUUCGACGGCAGCAAGGGCAACGUCUGGGUCAAGAUUGACCAGUCCGGCUACGACGCCAAGGAGGCUAUUCCGUGGGCCAGCAAAAGGCUUCCCGAGAACAACAGCACCUACACCGUCAAGCUUCCUUCCAAGAUUACCCCCGGAGAAUACAUUCUCAGACACGAGAUUCUCGGCCUGCAGCGCACCAACAAGGACGGCAAGCUGGCCCAGUUCUAUCCGGGAUGCCAUCAAAUCACCGUCACCGGCAGCGGAACCACCAAGCUUCCCGAGGGCAUUGCUCUCCCUGGUGCCUACAAAGCCGACGAUACCAAGUCGAUCUUCCUGGACUACCGCAAGGUCACGGAGUACACCCCUCCCGGUGGUCCUGUCUGGGGAGACGAUGGCUGGGCCCAGUAA